GUGGUCCCUUUAAGCUGCCCGGCGCGGAGGUGGGGCCGAGCCUCCCGGACCGGAAGCUGGUUGUGUGCGUCACUUCCUCCCGGAAGCAGGCCUGGGCGGAUGUCUCCGGCACGACCGUGCGCCGGGCUGAGGGCCGCAGUGGCUGCCAGCAUGGGGUUGAGCGAUGGGCCAGUGGGCUCCGCCCGCAGCGGCCGCCUCCUCCGUCCGCCAAGCCCCGCUCCGGCGGCGCCGGGGGCUCGGUUGUUGAGGCUCCCGGGGAGUGGGGCGGUGCAGGCCGCAAGCCCUGAGCGCGCCGGCUGGACCGAGGCGCUGCGGGCUGCGGCAGCCGAGCUGCGCGCCGGCGCCGUGGUGGCUGUCCCCACCGACACGUUGUACGGCCUGGCCUGUUCGGCGAGCUGCUCGGCGGCACUGGGCGCUGUGUAUCGCCUCAAGGGCCGCGGCGAGGCCAAGCCGCUGGCCGUGUGCCUGGGCCGCGUGGCCGACGUCUACAGAUACUGUCAAGUGAAAGUACCUGAAGAGCUCCUAAAAGAGCUGUUGCCAGGACCAGUGACCCUGGUGAUGGAACGCUCAGAGGAGCUCAACAAAGACCUGAACCCCUUCACUCCUCUUGUAGGCAUCCGGAUUCCUGACCAUGCCUUCAUGCAGGAGUUGGCCCAGAUGUUUGGGGGACCUCUUGCUCUCACCAGCGCCAAUCUGAGCUCCCAAGCCAGUUCCCUGAAAAUUGAGGAGUUCCAAGACCUCUGGCCUCAUUUGUCACUGGUUAUUGAUGGGGGACCAAUUGGGGGUGACCAGAGCCUUGAGUGUCGCCUUGGAUCUACUGUGGUUGAUUUGUCUGUGCCUGGAAAGUAUGGCAUCAUCCGUCCAGGGUGCGCCCUGGAAAGCACUACAGCCACCCUCCAGAAGUACAGGCUGCUCGCCUCACAUGGGUCCUGCUCUUGAACUUGGGGAGAGGGACAACCCAAGGACGGCGCUGGAUACUGUGUGUCUGUCUGCUAGUGGUUGGUGAGGCCUCAUUUGAAGAGGCCACUGGAGCUGCAUCACUAGCCUGAGCCGUUACCUAACAUGUCUUUCUGAACACUAGAUCAGAAGCUACUGGCUUAGCUUUGUCUUUCAGGAAGGCUGUAUUUAUUCUGUAGUUUCAUGUAUCAGGUGAAAACCCAAUAAAGAGGUGAGGAACAUUCCUAACAAGUCUA